AUGAAGAUAUACUUGGAGCUCCAAACGAAGAAGCUUGACAUGGAGGAGGUCGCCAAGAGGAGGAAGCUCGUGAUCGAGGCCACCAAUGCCAACACCAAAAGCAAAAGAGAGCCUAACCAGUUACCAGUCUCUUCUCAUAAACAGAUCAUGCCGUGCGCCGCCGAGCUUGUCAACGGUGUGGGAGGCGCCAUCAAAGUGGGCACAACCGGCACCAUCGGCUCGCUCAUGACGAGAGAACUGGAGGCCAUCAAGGUUGCGCCGCAAGGAGCUGCCACCCCGCGCCUGAGACGCCAAAGCAGUCCGGUUUGGGUGCCCUGCGGCGCUAGCCCCCGGAAGAUCAUCCCAAGGAAGAGCUCGUCCAGUGUCUCCAGCAGCAGCAGCAAUGGCAGAGCUGACCGUGUGAGCGCUGAAGAAGCCUGCAAGACGAGGAGGAGCUCUCAGCGGAACAAGUCCAGCUCCCCAAUGCUGCACUCGGAUGGCGCGCUGGUUGACAGGAGCCCCAACUUCGAGAAGGCCAAGAAGAAAGGAAACGUGCAUGGCGUCGAGGUGGUGGAUGUCAGGUGCGGUAAUCCGAUGAGCAGCCGCCUCAGGAAGCUGGGUUUCUCCAAGCUGUCGGAGACCUUUGCCUAG